GCUAUUGAUUUCCAGCCUGUUGACAUACAAUUAUUAUUAUUUAUUUAGGCUUGUUUCAGAAUUACAUUUUUGUACACAUCUCAGCAGUCAUGUCAGAUGUAAGACGCUAUUGAAAAUGGAUAAACCUAAUGUAUAGUUUAAACAUAAUCUUUGUCAGUGUUGCGUAUUGUUUGCAUUGAGUUAUCUUGACUAUAAUGAACUUUGUAGAAUUUCUGAAUAGAGUUGGAGGCGGGUUUGUUCAACGACGAUUGGCUAACUCUGUUCCCACUUUCUUGACUGUCCCCUCCCUCUUUCGGCCACGAUUCGAAGAGAAAUUAGUCGCGAGAAAGCAUGUAAUUGACAAUGUCACGUGUGAACUGCAGCUAUAGAGCUAGCAGAAGAGAAGGAGGUGGGAGAGAGAGAGAUCAGAGGAGGAAGAAACGCCAGACCAUGCAAGCUAAAUUAUGGUUGCUCGAAAUAGGAAUGUUGGAUUAAUGCAGAGGAGCAGACGAUUUUCAAGACAAAGUUUCCAUCUCCGAAGUUUGGCACGGGGGUUCGGCGGAGAAACAUGGCCGAAGGUUAUCCAAUAUUCUACGUAUCUGUUCAGACCGUCUCUGUGGGCUUCCCUCCGAACCUGGUUUUUGAAAGGGGAGGAGGUGUUGAGGGCAAAGGCGGAGGAGAAGAACCCGGGACGCUGUCCGAGCCGGAAGACAGCACACAAGUCCAUUGUAUGCAAGGAGCAGGCCACUGCAAGUGGUUCAAUGUGCGGAUGGGGUUCGGAUUUAUAUCGAUGACCAGUCGCGGAGGAUAUCCAGUUGAUCCUCCCGUGGACGUAUUUGUACACCAAAGCAAGCUGCACAUGGAGGGCUUCCGCAGCCUGAAGGAGGGCGAGGCCGUAGAGUUCACCUUCAAGAAGUCCUCCAAGGGCCUGGAGUCCGGUCGGGUCACAGGGCCAGAGGGAGCCGCCUGUGUGGGCAGCGAGAGGAGACCCAAAGGGAAGAGCAUGCUGCACAAGCGAAAGCCAAAGGGAGAUCGAUGCUAUAACUGUGGAGGUUUGGACCACCAUGCCAAAGAGUGCUCUCUCCCGCCCCAGCCCAAGAAGUGCCACUACUGCCAGAGCAUGACGCACAUGGUGGCCCAGUGCCCUCAACGGGCAUCCAUGCCUGCUUCUGCCACCUCUGCUGCUGCUGCUGCUGCUGCCACUGCCUCAAACACUCAGGGAAGACCCAGCACUGACCCCCAUGCCUCUACCUCCGGCCUCCUGCCCAGCGCCCACGUCUCCUCGCAGGAGGCAUCCCCUAACAGCAAGUCCUCCAGCUCACCUGAAGAGGGCCCGCCCAGAGCUGCGGCCCGGAAGAAGAGGUGCUGAGAAGAGUGUGAGCCCUGGCUAAC